UCGUAGCAAUCUUCGAAGUGCUGAGAUGAGGUCCAGUUCCAGGGAAAAAAAAAAUGAACUGGUUUUUGCAAUUCCAAAGAUUCUCGAGAUCCAGCUUCUAACAAAGAGCAAAGUUGGGGGGAGCUUCUGAUGCACGAGGCGUCGUCGGACAAAUGGCGGCGCAGGUUUCCGAAGAGAGCAAUGAUCGCACCUCGGCUUCGGCGGAUGGAGAAGAGAAAUGGACGCACGUGAUCCGAAUCGACGAGGAGCUGAAGCGGGUCGCGGAGAACAUGGCGUGGAAGGUGGGAGCGGGAGCAAGGGUGGCCGAGCCGACGAUCAUUCGAGCACCUCACGCGUUUCGGCAGCACGCAGAGUUCGGCUACGAGUUCAGUUACGAUCCCGCGUGCAUGCGCCUGGGGCUGUACAACAGGGGCGCAUUGCUUGCGCCCACCGCAGCCGAGACUUGCCGAAUGGAGGUUGCCAUCGCCUUCUUGAAGAAACUGAACGAGCGCAGAGUCGAGCUCAGACUGAGCCCGAUCGACUGGCACGAGAUGUGCGCCAGAGUCGUCCCGAGUCCUGCCCGAGUGCGCCAGCUGUGGAGUGACGCCCCGUCCGACAUGACGGACGACGACGUGCGCCACUUGCUGGCGAUCGACGCCGUGUUCAUGCUCUGCUUUUUCCAGUUUUUGGGGGACAAGUUCCCGCAGGUCCAGGCCCUGGAUUGGCACGAGACUACUAUGUGGAUGCAGCAAGGUAUCAUGCCGGACUUUCUGCUGAUGGAGAACCAGAUUCCUCUCGUGCUGAUACAGAACGCGCUCGCUCUGGCCCUGGAGGGCGAGCACAGAGAGCAUGCGGAGCUCGAUCGGGCGAUAAACUCGAGGUCUGAUCUCGUAUGUGCAGAAGAUUUCCAUCCGGAGCUGCUUGAGCUUCUGUCAUGGGUAUUAAAAUGUGCUAUGUUCCGGGCUGGGCUGCCGGGGUUCUAUGACAAAUUCGUGCCGAGAUCUCAGAUCGUGAGCUCUGACCACUUGUUGGAUUUGGUGUACAGAGUGGUGGCUAAAAAAUAUAGAAUACGAGACGUGGUUAUUGAUGACAAUCCUCGGCCUGGUAGUAAUAGCACCCGCUCGGUCGGUGCAUUGAUCAGGUGCGGAGAAAAGUCUGCGUACUUCUUUCAGAAGCUGAUGAUUUACCUGCGCCACCUGCAAUGCGUUCUCCCGACGCGCUUAGUUGCUGCUUUCGGUUCGAGGUCGCUGGAUGUUCGAGAAGAUCCCUUGCGCAUCUAUCACUUCAUUCCGACAGCCUCGAAGCUGAGAAAGGCUGGCAUUGCAGUCAAAGGCUUAAAGGAUGCGACGAUUUGGGACUACAAAACGGAGCAGGGUCUAUUCACGGACACUUUGUGGAUCCCGAAGCUCGAAAUCUGGGACAGCACUGCGAACUCGCUGAGGAAUUUGCUCCUGAUGGAAAUGAGGCCCCAGUCGCCUCUAAACCGUGGGCAGCCGCUGUUGGAGUAUUUGAAUCUCCUAAACCAGCUGGUGGACACGAGGGAAGACGUUGAGAUUUUGUGUGGCAACACAGACGACUAUGUGAUCUUCAACGCGGUGGGCGAUGCUGGCAUUGUGGCAAAAGUGAUCAAUGAUCUUGGCCGAGGCUGUAUUCUUAGAGAAUACUCUUCUAGAUUCGUUGAGUUCUGCAAGGAAGUGCAGCAGUGUUAUAAACGGAGGAGGAAGCGAUGGUUGUGGCAGUUUGUGGAGACAUAUUUGAAUAAGCCCUGGAAAAUAGCUUCACUUCUCGGCGCCAUAUUGCUGCUCGUGCUAACAGCCCUCCAGACAAUAUAUUCCAUGCUCUCCUUCUACGGCAUUCAGACGCUGUCGGACUGACUCCAUUCCUCAAAGCUGCUGCACUGAAGUCCGUCAGCUGUACAUAAUCUGCGAAUUUCUACCAAACCUCCUUACCCAGGACCUUAAAAAUAUGCACAAAAAUGUUUCAUGAUAUAUGUUUAUCAACCAUAUACACUUUUAGUUAAGAUUGUUCAACAUAAUAUAAUGAAUCUUUUAAAAAAUGUAGAAGACUCACAAUGUUUUUUCAUUUCUUUAGAAUAAGAUUAUUAUACACUUUGAAUUUUACGG